AAUUGAUCCUACCUACAGACUUCUAAACAUGCCUGGAGGUGGUUUCAAGGACUUUAAUAUCCGUAACCAUAGCGAUGACGAACUUGUUUCGGACAAUAAAUUAGCCGGUGGGGCAAACAAACGACAGCCAAUCCAUGACGACUACACAUCAUUCCCCACGUUACCAGACCCAGAACAAGAGAAUGGCAAGACUCUUUCCAGGUUUUUCUCAACCACAUUACGAAAAGUGACCAAUAAUGCCAGCACAUUAGUGAAUUAUGGACGCUCAGCCAGUGAAACACAAGCAAAGGAUGAAAAUGUAGAACCAAAGGAUUCCACUGAAAUUUCUCAACCACAAGAACCACAGCUUGGAGUUCCAAGCAGUACGGGAGGAGGGGAUUCCGAGACAAUUCCUACGGAAACUCAAUUCCAGUCCGGAGUAGACCAAGGAAGUAUGCCCCCCACUACUGAUUUUUUAACAGCACCACCUACUUCAAUACCCAAGGCAAAUCCACAACUGAUACAAAAAAAUGCCACUGAAGGCUCUCGAUUGGCGACUGGAUCAGAAGAUCCCGAAGAGAAGGGAAGUACGGGCUCUUCAUCUUCAGAAGGUUCCGCUAGUGGUGGUGGCGCCAAUCCCACUGUGAAAACCAAUACUACAACUGUCAAUAGCGGUAUACCAACGGGCCCUGCAACAGUCACUACUGCUGCAACAACCAAUGCUAUAACUACCAAUAACAUGGCUCUAUCAUCUUCCACUGCAACCACAAACCAAAGCGUCUCCUCUACUAAGACAUCUACUUCUACACCUCCAAGAGUAACAUCGUCCAGCAAUGGUCUUAGACUAUCAACGUUAUCAAUUCCUAAACUCCAACCACCCCCGAUAACAACAACGACCGUUACAACUAAUAAUGUAGACUCCAGUUCCUCGAGUAUUAUGGAAGCACAGCCAAGCUCCACAAAGAGUCCUGCAUUACCGAUACCGGCUGUAACAAAUCAAAAAAGCAAGCCUGCACCCCCUACAAAUUCACUCAUUUCUUCUUCAUCUUCUUCAAUUCCUUCUCUGACUACACUUCAAAAUCGAAUUUCAACAAUCUUUAACAAUCUUCCUAAUGAUAUUGAACUCUCGGACGAUUCAGGCGCAUCAGAUACAGAAACGAUCAAUAAUCUGAGUUUUGUAUCAAGCUCUGGAGCUUCUCCAUAUCGUCAAAAAUCAAUUAAAACGAAUAGUACAACAUCACCUAGAAAUAAAAAGGGUAGUGGUACCAAUAAUUCAUCAACCAAUAUUUCAUCUGGAAGUGCCCACAAAAAGAAACACCUGCCUCUGGGGUCUGGUCAUCUCUCCAAUGUUAUUUUGGAUAAUGCAAGGCUGCUACUUAAUAAUGGGUUGUCAAAUGUAGUACAUUCAAGUGCAUCUUCAAUCAUGUCUACCACAAAGAGAAAUGACAGUGGUACAUCUCGUCGUCGGAAGAAAAAGCCGAAAAGAUCUUCCGAUAAUCCACUCAAAAAUGGAGGUAUUCCACGGUUUUAUUGGAUGAAUGAUUCAUUUGUUACAGAUUGUCUUAACUGUUUCAAACCAUUUACUGCAUUCAGAAGAAAACAUCAUUGUCGUUUCUGUGGACAAAUCUUCUGUAGUGAUUGUACCUUGUUUAUUUCAUAUAAUCAACACAAGGAAGAGAGGAAAAGUGGAGGUAAGGUUGAUAAUAAGAAGAACUACAGUGACAAAUUAAGAGUUUGUAAACCAUGUUACAGUGACGUCAUAGUUUACUUGAGUGACGAUAGUUCAAGUGAUACUGAUGAGGAGGAUACCGAGGCAGUAGAAAUCGAGGAUGUUAAUGAAGAACCACAUGCAUCAAGGGAAAAACUGCCCAUGAUUGAACAUGAUAACCGGCUCUCGAGAAUAAGGUCACAAUCAAUUAACUCUCGAAGAGAUAGUUUGCAAAAUGAUUCAUUAAUUCUCAAUUCCAACAAGGGAUUUCUCAAGCAAGAUGCAUCUAUAGCAGAUUGGUCUCCAUCAAGAUCCAAAAGAUAUCCAGCUGCUGGGUCUGCUACCCCGGAAAUGAUUAGUAUGAAGACUGUACCCAACCACUCCCUCCAUAUGGCGAUUCCAACCACAAGAAAGGGCGAAUCAGUGGAAAUUCCAGUCCAAGUAGGGAGUUAUAGUAAUGUUGCAGCAACUGCAGCUGCAGUGGCUGCUGGAUCCACUUCAACGAAUAGCCUCCAUAGAACGAAAAGUAACCAAGAGCUGGCUAUUUCUUCACGUAACCAUGCUGGUACACCUGGGCCAUACCAUAAUGGUGCACAAAAGUCUUGGUUGAAAAGUUAUUCAUACUUGAGAAAUGUAACUACCCCUGGAUCAGUUGUUGACCUGUUAGCUGUUUCUGGAAGUUUGGAGAAUAUUAGUCACAUGUACUCUACAUUUAUGAAAAAGAAUACCAUGGACGAUUCGAAUGACGCAGUCGCUGAUGGGAACGGCACUGAUUACCUUCCAUUAACAAGAACAACCUCAGGCCAGCGAAGAACACAACGUCAUCGAUCUUCUUCGAUGAUUAUCGAUACGUCUGAUAAUUUUGAUGUGGACUAUGACCCCGAUAUUGAGAGUGAGAAUGAAGACGAGAAGGCGAUGUCAUUGUAUACGUCGCUCAACCUUCAUUCCACAUUUGGGUACAACGCUGCAGGUUCUACACUUUCUCCCUCACAGCCACUCUCAUCACCAGUCAACAAUUCUGUGCCUACAUUAGGUGAAUUCCCUCGCAUGAUGGUCAAUGAAUCCAGAUUCCCCCGUAGCACUGGCAUUGGCUCAGGUACUGGAGAUUCUGUAUUGUCAAAAUUAUUCCAAACAUCUAGAGUUGCAAAUGGUGAUGGAGAAAACAGUUUAAAUACCAAUGCUCCAAAGGCUGCUACAGGUACAAUAGCUACCAGUACAAAUACCAAUACUUCCAAUUCUACAACAUCUAUGAAUGCUCUUGGAGAGAAGCUGGGUACAAUUUCCUUCCUAGAGGAUAGACCCAAAUCAGAUUCUUUCAGGUCACAUGAAAGAGCACAUGCUUCAUUGCUUAGAAUGAGAUCAAGACGGAAAAGUAAAUCUGUGCGUAACGUUCUGAUAUUAACCCAAAGUAGUCACAAGUUACCUUCUCUUGAUACCCCACUUGGCGUCUACCAGAAUGGGCAUUCUUCACCUACUUCCACACCAUCGUCCCCAACCCCAGUUCAACACCUGGACCAACUAAGCGCGGUUCGGUCUGGAACUUUUAGCCCUGUACCAUUCGAACCUGUCUACCCAGCGCUCACUAAAGAGGAUUUCCCCGAAACUCCAAAGAUAACUCAUUCCUACUUGUCUGACUACCCUGGAGAUAGCGAAGUCAUAUCUAGGAAACAAUCUAGAACUACUUCGAAUACCAGAAAGCUAGAAAAAGUGUAUGCUGAUUACCUUAACCGAAUGCUUGUUCAAUGCUUAGAAGAUUGUGACAUUCGUGCAGACCAAUCUCGCUGGACUACUCAAAUUGACUUCUUACUUCAGCAGGUUGAUAAUCUUAAAUUAACCGAUACAUUAGAUAUUAAACAAUAUAUCAAGAUCAAAAAGAUUUUGGGAGGUAAGAUUAAGGAUUCGCAUGUUAUCGAUGGAAUGUUUAUGACCAAAAAUAUCGAUUCUAAGAAAAUGAUGAGCCGUAUCGAGAAUCCCAAGAUUGCACUUUUGAUGUUUCCUGUGGAAUAUUUGAAACAAAAGGAACAAUUCAUUAGUUUGCGUAUUGUGCAUUCACAACAAUCGGUGUACAUAACAAACUUAGUAUCCCGGUUGGUAUCCUUGGAACCUGAUAUUAUUGUGGUCGGUGAUACAGUCUGUGGGUUAGCUGAGAAAUUGCUUGAAGAGGCGAAUAUUACAGUGAUUUCUAAUACUAAACCACAAGUUAUCGAAAGAAUCUCACGUUAUACCAAAGCUGAUAUUUUCCAGUCUGUUAAUGAUUUAUUUUUCAAGAAAGGUCUGUUAGGUACAUGUCUGUUAUUCGAGGUUAGACGAUAUCUCUACCAGAAUGUUAUUAAAUCUUUUGUGUUUUUUACUGGUGGGGAUGUGGCAUCCGGAUUUACGAUUGCACUUAAAGGAGGAGACGAAGAAACAUUAAACAACGUGAAAUAUGCCACUGAAUCUGCUAUUAUAGGAAGAUUAAAUUCAAAGUUUGAAAUUAGUUUGUUCAAGGACCUGGGAUUAGUUUUUGGUGACGGAAAGAGGAAGCGUGGAAUUCUGGACCUAACAGAGAAAUUACAAGAAAUUACCAGUGGAACUGUUUCUAUGGAUGAAGAUGGAGAUGAGUCUCAAGACUCUGAGACCACUCUGAACCAAGAAACUGCUAAAUUUGAUUCAAUACAAAAUGAGAACUUAUCUGAUAAACACCAAUCUAAUCCUGACCAUGGUCAAACUCCUGAGUUAAACGAUAAGCCCAAGUUUGAUAUUAUGGGCAAGGAAGAGGCGAACGAAACAAUAGAAAAUCGCGAAGAAAAUCCAGAAGAAUUACACGAGGCUACUGAUGAAGUUAGUGACGAUGUUGACAAUGUGGGUGACUAUCAGCCUCUUGGAAAUGAACAAGUUAGUGAAACUAAUCGUAAUAUAUCUGUUACCAGUAAGAAAAAUGAUGAAACUGGCGACAACAACGAAAUAGUUACCGCACCAAUACAGGCCAGCAACGAGUUGGAUGUGGCUUCUACUGAUGGCGAUCAAGAUGAACUCAAUCUACUCCUUGGAAAUACCCAAGUUGACCGUUACAUUUCCCUGUUCAAUUCAAGAAUCAUUACUGUUUCGCCAUCAGUUAAAUUUUCGUUACCCACGACUCUUACCAAUGUCGCUGAAUCUCAUAAAGCUUUAUCGAGCUUUUACACUGAAUACAAAAAGAUUCGAGAUGCUUCCAAUUUGGAGACUUUAGACGUUACUCAAUUGAUUUCUCUUUUCAAACUUAACAUUAGCAUAAACAAGCUUCCGAAUGGAGAAACUGAUUUAUUGAAAAUACUCAAGUAUUUCAGUGAACUUCAUCUUCAAAAUUUACGCGUCGAUUUUCAGACGAGAUCAAGACUCUGGAUUAAUUGUUUGAAUUACACUUCAUAUCAAUUAUAUCCUAUUUGCCAUAAGAGUAUCCAUGUAUUGAACUCUACGGUCUCCAUCAAACAUGCAACACCAUGUUCGGGUCCUAAUAUUGUGGUUAUCGAUUAUUAUACUGACAACGACAAGUGUCUAGGACUUUUCUUGGACCAAAUAUUUGCAGAAGCAUUGAAUGUUUGCGAAGAAUGUGGAGAUACAUAUUUGAAUCAUUACAAAUCUUAUAGUCAUGGGAAUGGAAAAGUUGAUAUGGUUUUGGAAAGAACAGACCUGGGCAAUGCUGCUGCCAUACUUGAAAACAAAAGAGUGAUGUGGAGUUAUUGUACAGAAUGUAACCUUGCAACUCCUGUAGUUCCGAUGUCCGAUGAAACUUAUUACCUUUCCAUUGGGAAAUUUUUUGAAUUGUGCUUCUGGGCCAGUGGAGUCACCACAAAGAGUAGCAACCAUUUUAAUGGUGGGUGUGACCAUGAUUAUUUCAAAAGUCAUGUCAGAUAUGUUGGAUAUAAUGACUUGGCAGUCAAGAUGGUUUACCUGCCGAUUGACACAUACGAAGUGGUGGUUCCCCGUAAGCAAUUAGACUAUCUGCCUGAAAUAGAUAUCCAGUUGAAAGUCGAAUUAUUGGAACAGAUUAGAAAGAAGGCUAGCAAUUUCUUUAACAGUAUUUCUAACCGAUUGAACAGAGUGAAGGUGGAUACCAUUGAUAAACCAGAAGAGGGUUUAGCACGUGUUGAGGAAUUAAAGCGAAAAUUGAAGGAACAGAUGGAGCAUAUCAAUGGUCGAACUAUGGAUAUUUAUAACUCUACAUCCCCUUCCAACCACUUGCCUUUAAAUUCAAUUUUGAGAGAUUUGCAAGAAUUAGGUGUGGGAUGGGAUAAUGAGUUUAUUGAAUUUGAAAAGAGUUUCUUACCGAGUGAAAAUGAAAUUACAAGAAUAACUCAAUUUCAUUUGAGACGAUUCUUGAUGGAUAAAUAUAAGGAAGGAGAUGAGAAAAAGGAAGAUGAAGAUGAAGGUGAAACUAUUUGUGAUGAGAAAUUGAAGGAAGAAGAAAAGAAGCUGAGUCCACAUUCAUUCAAAACAGAAAAGAACCCAGAUAAAGUGAGUGGAGCAAACUCUCCUCUUCUCGAAUCAACUCUGGAAAAUGGUGUGACCCCGACUAAGCAAACUACAAGUUCAUCACUGCCUCAUUUAGGUAAUGCUGUAGAUGAACCGAUAAACUUGGAACGAAGUACCGAAAUUGAUUCAUUACCUAAGCAAUCAGUUAUAGACUCACGAGGUGAAGAUGGGAAAUCAAAUGCCAGCUCAAGCUUAAGCGCCAGUGCACGGCAAAAUAUGGUCAUGGAGAAGGUUCAUCGAAUGGAGGCAUUAUUAGAGAAUGAAAGAAUCAGGGAACUGACACCGGUAUCCUCUCCUACUAAAUUGGCCAAUCCAAUUCCCCGUCCAGCUGCAUUUUCCAAGUCUCCAAUGAAGAAAUUACCUCUGUUGAGUCACAAAAAUUCAGAAUCUUCGAUUAUAUCCAAAGAUGUCCCUUCAUUUCCUAUACUACAAACUGGUAAUGGGCCAAAUAAGGUGCAUCAUUUGGCUAACUUUUUUGAUCAACUUCAUUUUGAUCAAAUUUCGUUGGAAUUCAAGAAGCAAAGAGAACAAGAAUUACAGAAAAAGCUUAACCGAUAUAAAGCAUUUCCAAUUCUGGCUUCAAAACCUAUUGUAGAAAUAUACAACAAGAUUGAAGAUGCUGUCGAGACUGGUGCUGACGGUGAUAUUGGUGGGGUGGCUAAAGCACCUUCUGCGAAUGAUAGUAUCCCAGAAAUUCUCGAGCCCGUAGAAGCUGAUACACAAGAAACUAGCUCUACAGCUGGAUCUGGGAGCGUACUGAACACACCAACACCAAUAUCUGCCGGUGCUACUGUUAGAAAAGACAUUGAACCGGAAAAGAAUUCAUUAUUGAAAUCCUUAACAACAUUUUGGGCUGAUCGCUCAACUACACUUUGGGAGCCUUUGGAAUAUCCAUUGGGCUCCUCAGAACAUACUUUUGCAGAUUCAGAUGUGAUUGUAAGAGAAGAUGAGCCUUCAUCUCUUAUUGCAUUUUGUCUUUCUCUGACUGAUUAUAAACAAAAGAUUCAAUAUAUGGCAGACGAAGACCGUCCUCAAAGUGGUGAUCACUCAAUCAUUUCCAACGAAAUUAACAAUAAAAAGGCGGAAAACUUUGCCAAACUUGAGAAGAAAUUCAAAAAGAGUGAUUUGGGAGAACCAGGAGAACUUGAGAAGACGAUGAAUCGGUUUAAUACUACCCAUUUAAAGUAUCAGUAUCUCGAUGGUCAAACAAUUUUAUCAUGUAAAAUUUUCUAUUCUGAACAAUUUGAAGCAUUCAGGAAAGCUUGUGGUAAUGAAGAUAGCUUCAUUCAAAGUUUAUCACGUUGUGUGAAAUGGGACUCCAGCGGUGGUAAGAGUGGAUCAUCCUUUUUGAAAACAUUGGAUGAUAGAUACAUUGUGAAGGAAUUAUCUAAACAGGAACUUGAAUCGUUUGUGGCGAUUGCUCCAUUUUACUUCAAAUACAUGUCACAAUCUAUGUUCAAUACUUUGACUACUGCCAUUGCCAAGAUUUAUGGAUUUUAUCAAAUCAAUGUUAAGAAUCCAAUCACUGGGAAAAACUUUAAAAUGGAUUUCUUAAUCAUGGAGAAUUUAUUCUAUAACAGGAAAACGACGAGAAUCUUUGAUCUUAAAGGUUCAAUGAGAAAUAGACAUGUACAACAAACCGGUAAGGAGAACGAAGUUCUUUUGGAUGAGAAUAUGAUUGAAUAUAUCUACGAAUCUCCUGUAUUUGUCCGUGAACAGUCGAAACGAUUGCUUCGUGGGUCGUUAUUCAACGACACUGCGUUUUUGUCUGCUAUGGAUGUCAUGGAUUACUCAUUAGUGAUUGGAAUUGUUGAUGAAGCGGAUAAUAAUAACAAAAAAGUGCUUUAUGUGGGGAUUAUUGACUGUAUCCGUACUUUCACAUGGGACAAAAAAGUUGAGAAUUGGGUAAAGGGAUCUAAUUUGAUUGGGGGUAAGAAGGGGAAAGACCCAACUAUUGUGACCCCAAAACAAUAUCGUACAAGAUUUAGAGAAGCUAUGGAGAGAUACAUUCUUGAAGUUCCUGAUUGUUGGUAUGAAGGUAAAUAAAUAGUGAAGAAAGGUAA